AUGUCAUGGUUGAUGCUCACCAAAGAAACCAUCGCAAUGAGCACCAACCAGCCCGGAUUCACCAUCUCCAUAAUCCCACACAACAUUGCAUCGAGCUACCACGUCACCAUGACCGAAACCGUCACCGGAACCGUCAUCAUCACGAUGACUCCCGUUAUCCAGCCGUACAACACUCUUCACCCCACACCUCCUCACACCGGCGCCGGCGCAGGUAUCGAGGAUUCCGACAACCACAUCUCAGAGGCGGAGUAG